GUAUCAUCGUCAUCAUUCACUAGCGGAGCUCGAGCUUCUUCUUCUUCUUCCUUCUUCUCUAAUGAUCGCUUUCUUCCGUCGCUGAAUCCGAUCGCUCCGUCGCUUUUCCUUCCUGCAAUCAGAUCCUCCGCUCUCGUCGUUACCAGAACUAAAAAAGAGUUGUACAAGGAGUACUUACUAGUACUACCACCUUGCAUGCAGAAGAAAGGGAAACAGAUCUUUAGUUAGGAUGACUUUACGUGGAGAUGAUUCGGAAACUAUAGAGAUGGCUCCAACCGGUAUGAUUUUUGAGCCAAUCUUGGAGCAAGGAGUUUUCCGGUUUGACUGUUCUGUGGAGCAUAGAAGAUCAGCGUUUCCAAGUGUUUCUUUUAAGAACAGCAAGGACCGUGAAGUGCCAAUUAUAAGUCACAAUGUUCCAGCGUAUACUCCUACUUGUGCUUGUCUUCAGGAGAAACAAGUCGUCACCUUUGAGUUUUCUCCGGGAACUUCGUUUUAUGGUACUGGAGAAGUUGGUGGCCAGUUGGAGAGAACAGGGAAACGGGUUUUUACAUGGAACACUGAUGCAUGGGGAUAUGGGUCUGGAACCACUUCACUGUACCAGUCACAUCCAUGGGUACUAGCCGUCCUUCCAAGUGGAGAAACACUAGGUGUUCUUGCUGAUACAACGCGAAAGUGUGAGAUUGAUCUAAGGAAAGAGGGAAUCAUACGAAUUAUCGCACCAACAUCCUAUCCAAUAAUCACAUUUGGUCCAUUCUCCUCACCGACUGCUGUUUUGGAAUCCCUGUCUCACGCCGUUGGAACUGUUUUUAUGCCUCCAAAGUGGGCCUUAGGCUACCAUCAAUGCCGUUGGAGUUAUAUGUCUGACAAGCGAGUAGCCGAGAUAGCUGAAACAUUUCGUGACAAGAAGAUUCCAUCUGAUGUGAUAUGGAUGGACAUUGACUACAUGGAUGGCUUUCGUUGUUUUACAUUCGACAAGGAGCGUUUCCCGGAUCCUAGUGCUUUGGCAAAACAUCUCCAUAAUAAUGGUUUCAAAGCGAUCUGGAUGCUUGACCCUGGAAUAAAGAAGGAGGAAGGUUAUUAUGUCUACGAUGGUGGAAGUAAAAAUGACGUUUGGAUUAGACGAAAAGAUGGGAAGCCAUUUACUGGUGAGGUAUGGCCUGGGCCAUGCGUUUUCCCUGACUAUACAAAUUCUGAAGCUCGCUCUUGGUGGGCUAAUUUGGUUAAGGACUUUAUCUCAAAUGGUGUUGAUGGUAUAUGGAAUGAUAUGAAUGAGCCAGCCAUUUUUAAAGUCGUGACAAAGACGAUGCCUGAAAACAAUAUUCACAGAGGAGAUGAUGAGCUUGGAGGUGUUCAAAACCACUCACACUACCACAAUGUGUACGGGAUGCUGAUGGCAAGAUCAACUUAUGAAGGGAUGGAGCUAGCUGAUAAGAAUAAGCGACCUUUUGUCUUGACAAGGGCUGGAUUCAUAGGUAGCCAGAGAUAUGCUGCGACUUGGACAGGAGAUAACCUUUCAACCUGGGAACAUUUACAUAUGUCUAUAUCCAUGGUACUUCAGCUGGGGCUUAGUGGUCAGCCCUUAUCAGGGCCAGACAUUGGUGGCUUUGCUGGCAAUGCCACUCCGCGGCUAUUUGGAAGAUGGAUGGGUGUUGGAGCUAUGUUUCCAUUCUGUCGUGGUCAUUCUGAGGCUGGUACUGAUGACCAUGAACCAUGGUCCUUUGGGGAAGAGUGUGAGGAAGUCUGUCGUGCCGCACUGAAGAGGCGUUACCAACUCCUACCACAUUUUUACACCCUAUUUUACAUUGCUCAUACAACUGGUGCUCCCGUUGCAGCUCCGAUCUUUUUUGCUGAUCCUAAAGAUUCCCGGCUAAGGACAGUUGAAAAUGCCUUUCUUUUGGGUUCACUUCUUAUCCAUGCAAGCACUUUUUCUAAUCAAGGAUCACACGAGUUGCAGCAUAUAUUGCCCAGAGGAAUUUGGUUGAGGUUUGAUUUUGAAGAUUCACAUCCGGAUUUGCCGACAUUAUACUUACAAGGUGGAUCCAUCAUAUCAGUUGGUCCUCCACAUCUACAUGUUGGGGAAUCUAGUCUGUCAGAUGACUUAACCCUACUUGUGUCAUUAGAUGAAAAUGGGAAAGCUUUAGGACUCCUAUUUGAAGAUGAUGGAGAUGGAUAUGGCUACACCAAAGGCAGAUAUUUAAUUACACACUAUAUUGCUGAGCGACAUUCUUCCAUUGUUACUGUGAAGGUUUUAAAAACUGAAGGAGAGUGGCAGAGGCCAAAGCGAUGUAUUCAUGUUCAGUUAUUGCUCGGCGGAGGUGCAAUGCUUGAUGCUUGGGGAAUGGAUGGAGAGAUUAUCCAGAUUAAGGUGCCUUCUGAAAGUGAAGUUUCAGAGUUAAUAUCCACGAGCAAUGAGCGCUUUAAACUUCAUAUGGAAAAUACAAAACUGAUACCUGAGAAGGAAGUGCUCCAUGGACAAAAGGGAAUGGAACUUUCAAGAGUGCCAGUUGAGCUAAACAGUGGCAACUGGAAACUUAAUAUAGUUCCUUGGAUUGGUGGAAGGAUAUUAUCUAUGACUCAUGUUCCAUCAGGAGUUCAAUGGCUUCAUAGCAGGAUAGAUAUCAAUGGUUAUGAAGAGUACAGUGGUACUGAGUACCGGUCAGCUGGAUGUACGGAGGAAUAUAAAGUUAUUGAGAGGGAUUUGGAACAUGCAGGAGAAGAAGAAUCUCUUAUCCUAGAAGGUGAUGUAGGCGGUGGACUGGUUCUUCAACGUAAAAUUGCCAUACCUAAAGACAAUCCCCGAGUUUUUCAGAUAGCCUCUAGCAUUGAAGCCCGUAGUGUUGGUGCUGGUUCUGGUGGAUUUUCUAGGCUGGUAUGCUUAAGAGUCCAUCCAACUUUCUGUCUUAUGCAUCCAAUCGAAUCGUUUGUCUCAUUCACAUCGGUUGAUGGUACAAAGCAUGAAGUAUGGCCAGAAUCUGGAGAGCAGUUAUAUGAAGGGAACAACCUGCCACAUGGUGAAUGGAUGUUGGUGGACAAGAGCCUCAAUCUACGGCUGGUAAACAGGUUCGAGGUUAGUCAGGUGUUCAAAUGUAUUGUCCACUGGGACUGUGGAACCGUUAACUUGGAGCUAUGGUCUGAAGACCGACCUGUUUCCAAGGAAUCUCCUCUUAAGAUCGAGCAUGAAUAUGAAGUCACAAGUUUCCCAUAAAAUGUAUUGCAUAUGUAUGUAUUUACAACAUCAACUCAUUUCCAAUGAUAAUGUACGCAUAUGUAUGCAUUCUUGUUUUUAAUAAAUCCAAUGAUAAUCAA